CAGGCAUCAGCCUCGAUCACGCCAAAGCCCUGCCGCGCUCCCGCCGUCUUCCUUCUCCUCGUGCAAAAGCCCCAGCUUCUUCAAAACCUCCGUCCCAGAGACCCGGAGCUGAGACCAUCGCAUUCGUUCGUUCCCCGAAGAAAUUAAAGGGCGAGAGGCGGAAAGAAGAAGAAGAAGACGGGAGCAUAACCAUGGGGAACUGCUGCGCCAAGACGUACGAGAUGGAGAUACCCAUCACGUCGGGGACGAUGGAGCGGCCGCCGACGUUCGGCAACCACCCGCCGCCGCCCGCCGCCGGCCAGCGCAGCAAGGGGCAGGACCGGCCGCCGACGUCGUGGCGGCUGCCGACGUUCCCGAAGCAGGCGCCGCCGCCGUCCGGGCGGCCGGCGCUGCCGAGCUCCCUGACGGGGGUGUCCCAGUCCCGGAAGGCCGGGGGCGCGAUGGGCCCGGUGCUGCAGAGGCCGAUGGUGGACGUCCGGUCGCAGUACAACCUGGAGCGGAAGCUUGGGAGCGGGCAGUUCGGGACGACGUACCUGUGCACGGAGCGCGCCACGGGGCUCAAGUACGCCUGCAAGUCGGUGUCCAAGCGGAAGCUGCUGCGGCGGGCGGACGUGGAGGACAUCCGCCGGGAGGUGACCAUCCUGCAGCACCUCAGCGGGCAGCCCAACAUCGCCGAGUUCAGGGGCGCCUUCGAGGACGGCGAGAGCGUGCACCUCGUCAUGGAGUUCUGCUCCGGCGGGGAGCUCUUCGACCGCAUCACCGCCAAAGGGAGCUACUCCGAGCGCCAGGCGGCCGCCGUGUGCCGGGACGUGCUCACCGUCGUCCACGUCUGCCACUUCAUGGGGGUCAUGCACCGGGACCUCAAGCCCGAGAACUUCCUGCUCGCCAGCCCCGCCGAGGAUGCCCCGCUCAAGGCCAUCGACUUCGGUCUCUCCGUCUUCAUCGAAGAAGGAAAAGUGUACAAGGAUAUUGUGGGAAGUGCAUACUAUGUAGCACCAGAAGUAUUGCGUCGAAAUUACGGGAGGGAAAUUGACGUCUGGAGCGCUGGAGUGAUCUUGUAUAUUCUUUUAUGUGGGUCGCCACCUUUCUGGGCAGAAACAGAGAAGGGGAUAUUUGAUGCUAUACUGGUGGCCCAGCUUGAUUUCAGUAGCAGCCCGUGGCCAACGAUAUCUGAAAACGCAAAGGAUCUUAUCAGACAAAUGUUGAAUACGGAUCGCCAGAAGCGUAUUACUGCAGCACAAGCCCUAGAACACCCAUGGCUGAAAGAAGGCGGUGCAUCUGACAGACCUAUCGAUAGUGCAGUCUUGUUAAGAAUGAAGCAAUUCAAGGCAAUGAACAAGCUAAAGCAACUAGCACUUAAGGUAAUGGCAGAAAACCUAUCACCAGAAGAAAUCAAGGGCUUGAAACAGAUGUUCAACAACAUGGAUACAGACAAGAGUGGAACAAUCACAGUUGAAGAACUAAAGAUUGGUUUGACGAAGUUAGGAUCAAAGAUUAGCGAAGCAGAGGUCCAGAAGCUUCUGGAAGCGGUUGAUGUAGACAAGAGUGGAAGCAUUGACUACACUGAGUUUCUGACUGCUAUGAUGAAUAAACAUAAGAUGGAAAAGGAAGAGGAUUUGAUCCGUGCAUUUCAACACUUUGACAAAGAUAACAGCGGGUACAUAUCAAGAGAGGAGCUUAAACAAGCUAUGACAGAGUAUGGAAUUGGCGAUGAAGCAAAUAUUAAAGAAGUACUAGAUGAAGUUGACAAAGACAAGGAUGGGAGAAUCGACUAUGAAGAGUUUGUGGAAAUGAUGAGGAAAGGAAUAUAUACCUGAGGAGACUCCUGGAUCUCUUGAUGAACGGUUGUACAGAAAUGUUUCAAUAUAUACUGCAAAGAUAAGCAACAUUGUAAAGUAUAACUCAAGAACAAGUUGCUUCGGCAGAUAUGGUCACCAACGUGUGUAUUUGCUGAUAACCAGUAUGCAUUAAAAGAAGAUACAGUGUUCAGAGAGUUAAAACUUAGAACUAUCAUACAUAUGUAAGAGAAAUUGAACAUACAAGAAACCAGGACCUAUUACUGGUCAAAUCAGUCA